AAGGUCAAGUAGAAAAGAGUAGAGGAAGUAAGUUAUUAUAUUUCCAGACAAAAUCGCACACAAAUAAGACAAUUGUAGACAAAAUAAGUUUUUUUUUUUAAAGAAAAAUAAAGUUUUGACAAGUUAAGUCUUGAUAAAUUAAAUCUAGAUAAAUUCUGAUAAAAUAAUACGAGUGUUAUAAAAAUAUAGAGAACUUUACUUUUUGGUGUUUUGGCAUCAUGGCUUCCUUACUAUGAGAGGAAAGGAAGGUUCUCUUUUUUUUUCCUCCAAUGUAUAAAGCUGAUACACAUUUGGUGUUUUAAUUCAACAUUAAUACUUUCUUCUUUUUUUUUUUUUGUGUUUUUACAUAACAACAAAGCAUUUUAAGACAUCACUACUGCAAGCUUACUGUUCUUUGUGAACUGUAAAAAUGACCCAGCAGCAAAGGAUCUACUUCAACAUCUGACCUAGUCCUACCAAGAUCAGUGCCAGGAUGGCUGAUAUCCAAUCAGCUGCACAGUGGCUUGGAAGAUUGGUUAUUGAGGAAGCAAGAUACUUAGCCAAUGUGGAAGACAAGGUGAAGGAGCUACGAGAUGAACUUGAUUGGAUGCAUUGCUUUCUGAGUAAUGCCGAUGCAAGCAAAUAUGACAAUGCCAUGGCCCGGAGGUGGGUUGCUCGGAUCAGAGAAUUUGCUUAUGAAGCAGAGGACACAAUUGAGAGAUUUCUCAUCAGAGUUGAUACCCGGAGUACAAGGCGAAGAGACAUUUUGGGCCUGGUGAAAAAAUAUUCAGGUUUUUUGUGGGAAGCUCGAUUGAUUCAUGAGAUUGGAUCUGAAAUUGACUCUUUGAAGCAGAAGAUCUCUUUCCUGACCUCUAAGUUGCAUACUUAUGACAUCAAGCUUACAAUGGGAGAAAGCUCAUCCUCUUGGCUAUUGAGAAAAAAGAUUACUUUCAAAGGGUCUGUGAAAGAGAACAUAAUUGGACGGGAUAAAGAUAUGGAUGAAGUUGUAGGUAAGUUGACAAAGAAAGAAGGCACAGUUGUUUCUAUAUGUGGAGAUGCUGGUGUUGGAAAGACCUUUUUGGCUAAGAAAAUUUUCGACAAGAAAGAAAUCAGGAAACACUUUGAGGCCUUUGCCUGGGCUUAUGUUUCUUCUCCAUGCCAGAGUUCAGCUGUUCAGCAAGACCUUCUAAGCAGCCUUACCUCCAAAUCAAAGGAGCAGAUUUCUCAGAUGACUGAUGAUGAGCUAAAGACUGAGCUCCUCAAGGUUCUGCGCAAAUCCAAAUGUUUUAUUGUACUUGACGGCGUUUGGGGAAAUGAGGUUUGGGAUAGGUUGAAGAAAUCCUUUCCAUUUGCAAGCCUUGAUAAUGGAAGUAAGUUGUUAAUCACGAAUCAGCUAGAAGAAGUGGCUGAACAUGUAGAUCCACGUGCCUAUAUUUGUCGGUUAGAACCCUUGGAUGCAAAUCAGAGCAAGCAGCUCCUGGAAGAGAAAUUGAAGAUAGUCGAAAACAAUCCACCUGAUAAAUCUGACCAAACAGAUCCAAGAGGCAUUAAAGAUAAUGUACUCAAAUUCUGCAAGGGCCUUCCAUUGUUAAUUUCUGUGCUCGGAGGAGUAUUAGCGACAAAGAAGACACUGAAGGACUGGGAGGACGUCAACAAGUAUAUCAGCUCGUACUUGACCGAGGACCACCAGCAGGUGCCAAGUUGGAAAAGAAUACUGGAAUUGAGCUAUUAUGACCUUCCAUUUCAGCUUAAACCGAGCUUCCUAUAUUUGGGUUAUUUUCCGACUAACCUGGAGAUACCUGCAAAGAAAAUUAUUCGGCUGUGGGAGGCAGAAGGUCUUGUUUCCUCUAGUGAUGACGAAACUUCAGAAGAUACACUCGAAGAUGUUGCUGAACAUUGCUUGGCUGAGUUGGUAGAAAGGUCGCUUGUGCAGGUGGGUUCAAGGGGCUUAACUGGAAAGGUAAAAACAUUUCUAGUCCAUAACCUAAUGCGUGAUUUAUGCAUGACCAAAGCAACACAAGGAAAUUUACUUAGUAUAGUUAAAGUCGGCUCUGAAGAGAAUCAAGCUGAAGGUAAAUCUUCCAAGUCACGUAAAGCUUCAAAAUUGGAGAAGAAAAAAUUUCGUCGCCUGGCCAUUUACUAUAGUGGUAAGUCUUCUGACAAACUUCCCGGUGAUUACGACCAAGCUAGGCACAUAAGGUCUCUGUUAUUCUUCAAUACAUUAUCAAGUGAUGAUGUAUUGAUACCCUUAAAGGGGUUACUUCUGAGAAAAGCAUUUAACCGGUACAAAUUGUUGAGAGUCCUUGAUAUCGAAAAUAUUGAAAUGCACAGUUUACCAGAUGAAGUUGGAUUCUUGAUUCAUUUGAGGUACUUGAGCAUAAGAGGUAGUUGGGUUUCCUCGUUGCCUUCAUCAAUCAAGAAUUUAAGGUGUUUACAAACCCUUGAUUUGCGUGUUCUCUCAUUUGUUCAUGUGAGGAUACCAGAUGUGUUGUGGAAGUUGGAGCGGCUGCUUCAUCUAUACUUGCCUUCAAAAUUAUUCAACCUCCGCCACGAAGCAGCUAAUCUCCAACUCAAGGGUUUAAGAAGCUUAGAGACACUCUCAAACUUCGGCAACAAAUGUAGAGCAGAAGAUGUCGUAGAGCUUUACAACCUUCGAAGAUUUUUCUCUUCUGAUUUUCUUUCUGAUGAUAACAGCAUCAAACCCCUCCUAUCUCCGACCUCCAAAUUAAAACACCUUGAACGUGUGUCACUCAAGCUUGAAGGUCAUAUAUUAAAAGGAUAUUCUCAAACACUUGCAAGCCGUAGGCUCCGUAAAUUAUGGGUGAGAGGGGAGGUAGAGCAACCUAUUAAAGAUAUAAAAUUUCCUGAAAAAUUAACCCGGUUAUCUCUGCACUAUACCAAAUUCCAGUCUGAUCCUAUGGAAGUCCUUGAGAAACUGAUUUCAUUGAAGAAGCUUAGUUUAAAGCAUGAUUCUUACACGGGGGUGGAUAUGAAAUGCUCUAGUUUUUAUUUUAAAGAGCUUGAGUACCUCACUUUAAAAGGCCUGGAGAGCUUAAACGUUUGGAUAGUAGAAGCAAAAGCUAUGCCUAAACUAUCUCACUUGAAGAUCAAUGGUUGUCAGAAACUAGAGGUGCUACCAGAUGGCUUGAGAUUCGUUGAGAACCUCCAAGAAUUGGCGAUUUCAUUCAUGCCGUGUUCAUUCUUUGGCUGGAACAGUCCCAAGGACUUGACAAAAUGGGCUCAAUGCCGAAAUGUAGAACAUGUUCCAUGUAUCAAUGUUUCUUACGUCCUGGAUCUUAAGGAUGAGUAUUUCCCCAUUGAAAUGCCGGGCUGUCAAGGUUCAACAAGUCAAGUUCCGGAGAUGCAGGAAAGUGAAUGCUGUUGCAGGGAGUCAAGCUAAUGAAUAUUGAAGUGAUUCAGAAGAUCUGUAUUUGAGUAGAAUACCAAGUAUACGUCUAUAUAAGACAAUUUGCUUUGAUAUAAGGUAAGAGACAUUUUAUGAAGUUGUAUAUGAAUAAUGUGGUGUGAUUAUGCGUGGCGUAUUUUGGUAGACAUUAUCGGUAUAUUGUAAUGUGUGUAAUAACUAAUAAGAAAGGAUUUGUUUGAAUUUUAUCUUGUUUUGUGAUUCAGAGAAUGAAAUAAAACAUAAACAGUUAUUUUGCUA